GACAAUAUAAAACUUGUUGGCCAUCAAGCUUCCCUCAAUUUCCUUUCUGCCAACCAAUCUCUGCUAUUCUUGAUCAUCUUUUAUUGAUAUAUUUGAUUUAGAGCAGUGGCCAUGGAAAUCUUCCAGACAGCUAGCGUUGUUCGUUUAUGUAGCCACCAUGACAAAUUCUUAGUAGCCAACGACGAUCAGGAAACUGUCGGCCAAGAUCGAGACGGGUCAUCGACGAAAGCGCGGUGGAUAGUGGAGUUCCCGGAGUCAAGCUCGAUGCAUAUUCGUCUCAAAAGCUGUCACGGAAAAUACUUGACGGCUUCGAAUAUGCCAUUUCUCAUCGGAAUGAAAGGGAAAAGGGUGUUGCAAACCUUGCCGAGACGACUAACAUCUUCAGUUGAAUGGGAACCCGUUAGGGAAGGCGUUCAGGUUAGGUUCAGGACACGUUACGGCCAGUAUUUACGUGCGAACGGCAAGUUCCCUCCGUGGAGGGGUCACAUUACGCAUGAUGUUCCGCAUCUAUCCGUGACACAAGACUGGAUUCUUUGGACCGUUGAGAUUUUAGAAGAACGGCAACCAGGAGCUUCGCCUCAUCUUCUACCUCCACCUCCUGUCGAGACGUCUUCUCCGCAGCAUAUCGAUUCGAAUUUGGAUUCGGAUUCAGAGAUCUCACUUAGGGGCCCUAGAGAGUCUACCCUUGAGGCUGAUGAAUCAACAGAAGGUUCAGGAGGGACAUUUGAAGGAAGGAUAAUUAAGUACGAGGUAGUAGAUGAAAAUGGUAAUGUUGAUAAGACAAUUGGAGAGCGAAGCUUCACAUUUAAAGGCAAUGGGGUGGAGGAAUUGAAGAAGAUGUUGAAGAAGGAGGCAAAGGUGGAUGAGGAGUUCACCAUCUGCUCGCACAACACUUUCAACGGCAAGCUUUAUGCACUUCGAGUGGGUCUUCUUCCCAACAACUCCGCCAUGCACGUUGUUCUUGUUCCUCAAUCAUGUAAAGGUUGUCAAUUCGUAAUAAUCAGAAAAUCUCACCCGACUGUGCUGCAUUUGAAUCAAAUGAAGCACCAACGACAGGCUACUAAUGAAAUACUCCCUACGUUGCCUCAAGUCCGACUAUUCGGGUGGUGUACAACGCAUGAAGCUUUGAUCGUCGGUCGCCGGUUAUUCCUUGUUGGAGUUGCCUAUCCACAUUGUUGUUUGUGUGGGUCGACUGACGAGUCUGUCUCUCACGCUUUGUGCGAUUGCCUGAAGGUCUUAUUUCAUGAGGCUCAUUGUUUACCGGGUUGGCAGCUCCUUGCUACCGACGAAGUGAUGCAAACCGCUUACCUCGAUGCCAAUGUUACAGCCUCCGUUGAUAGGGACUACACCCACGUUGUCAUCGAGAGUAACUCCAUGCACAUUGUACAACAGUUGGAGCAACACCACUCGGAUCGUUUGGCUCUGCGCUUCUACCUAUCCCGGGCCCGCCGUCUUUUCGACUCUCACCCACAUAUCUGCAUUACUGCAUUUGCCAUGUGCGCCGGGAAGUUAAUGCCGUCGCCCAUAUGUUAG